AACCAACCAGACCAAAGUAGUAGUGGAAGUCUUUCCUCUUCCUCUUAAUUUCUAUCCGUCUCACACACGCCACACGCGCAAUUAAUAUCUAUACUUUGCACAAUUUAUUCAUCCUUCUUCUUCGUUGUAAUAAAUCCGUACCCAAAAAUUAAUUAAUUAAAAAAAAUGGUUACAGCAGAAUUAGCGAUGAUGAAGAACAAACAAAUGGUUCACUCUCCAAUUUUCACUUAUUUCUCCGUCAUCACUCUCCUCUCCACGUGUCCUCCUUUCGUUAUUCUUCUAUGGUAUACAAUGGUACAUCAGGAUGGUUCUAUACUAAACACGUUUAAUUAUCUGUUAGAGAAUGGUGUUGAUGGAUUUGUUAACAUAUGGCCUAAACCUACUGCAAUUGCAUGGAAGAUCAUUGCUUGUUAUGCCAUUUUUGAAGCUGCACUCCAGCUGUGGUUACCUGGAAAAAGAGUUGAGGGACCAAUAUCUCCUACUGGCAAUAGGCCUGUCUAUAAGGCCAAUGGUGUGUUAGCAUAUGCGGUGACACUGGUUACAUAUAUUGGCCUUUGGUGGUUUGGGAUAUUUAAUCCAAUGAUUGUUUAUGAUCAUUUGGGACAAAUAUAUUCUGCACUCAUUCUCGGUAGCUUGGUAUUUUGUCUAUUGUUAUACAUAAAGGGUCAUUUGGCACCUUCUUCCACGGAUUCCGGCUCAUCAGGAAACAUAAUAUUUGAUUUCUAUUGGGGCAUGGAACUCUAUCCCCGGAUUGGCAAGAACUUCGAUAUCAAAGUCUUCACGAACUGUAGAUUUGGGAUGAUGUCUUGGGCUGUUCUUGCAGUCACCUACUGCAUAAAGCAGUAUGAAACAAACGGGAGAGUGGCAGAUUCCAUGCUUGUUAAUACUGUGUUGAUGUUGGUUUACAUUACAAAAUUCUUCUGGUGGGAAGCUGGGUACUGGAACACAAUGGAUAUUGCACACGAUCGAGCUGGAUUUUACAUCUGCUGGGGAUGCUUGGUUUGGGUCCCAUCUAUAUAUACUUCCCCCGGAAUGUACCUUGUCAACCAUCCUGUUAAUCUUGGAACUCAGCUUGCGAUUUCCAUCCUAGUAGCAGGCAUAUUGUGUAUAUACAUAAAUUAUGAUUGUGACCGACAAAGGCAAGAAUUCCGUAGAACAAAUGGCAAGGCCUUGGUUUGGGGGAGAGCUCCAAGCAAGAUAACAGCCUCUUAUACUACGACUAAUGGAGAGACUAAGAGUAGCCUUCUCCUGACUUCAGGGUGGUGGGGUCUUUCUCGGCAUUUCCACUAUGUACCAGAAAUUAUGGCAGCGUUUUUCUGGACAGUGCCCGCUCUUUUCAGUGAUUUUCUUCCGUACUUUUAUGUGGUGUUCCUCACCAUUCUACUCUUUGAUAGAGCUAAAAGAGACGAUGAUAGAUGUAGUUCGAAGUACGGGAAAUAUUGGAAGACUUAUUGUGCCAAAGUUCCAUAUAGAAUCAUACCAGGGAUCCAUUAAUUAAGAUGACAUUAGUUGUGUGUUUGCCAUGUACUAGUAAUUCUGUAUGGCGUGACAACUGUCAUCGAACAGCAAAAAACUUGCAUCCAUCAAUUGCGCCAAAAGGUUAUACACAGACAAAUACUGUGUAUUUACACAAAACUGAAUUUCUAUAAAUUCUCCUACCCCAAUUUGAUUUAUGCGCUCGAAAUUAAGAUGAUGUUAGUUAUCUGUAAACCUUACUGUGCUGCCAUGUUCAUGGUUUUUUUCUUCUAUCAUCUGAUCAAUUGUUUUAAGUCAUCGUUCUCUUUAA